UUAUAAAUGGUCAACUGCAUGUAACCCAAACAACCAAAAAACAAGACAUUUUGUCCAUUGAAAAAUGGACAGAUGCUUUUAUGAUCUACAUGAGUAUCAUUCUCAUAAAAAAUCCAUUCUUAGCAAGAGAUCUUCUACAAUAUUGUAACACAAUCAGGUCAGCCUCAAAAUUAAACCCGGCUGGAUGGGGAAAAUAUGAUCGCCUUUUUCGUUAUAAAUUAGCUCAAUAUUCAAGUACAAAAUGGUCAUCGGUUGAUGCCGAGUUAUGGCUUCUAACCAUGACAAACAACCAUUCUUUAGACUUACAGUACAGUAAGCCUUGCUUUGACUUUAACAACAAAGGUUAUUGUACGAAAUAUGGAUGUAAAUACUUACACAAAUGUAAAAUUUGUUUAGGUCCUCAUUCUUUUAUAAUUUGCAGAAGUGGCCACACAAGUAAAAAAAUUGGGGACAUCUCGGGAAAUCCCCCGAGAUUUCCAAGACCACCACAACAUCCAACUGCAUUUAAUAUCCAAAGUAACAUACAAGUUUGGAUAAUUGGGUCUUCGAUCAUCCGAGACGCCUUCUAUCAUACACAAAAUGUGAAUUUCCAAUUACCAGGGGUUGACAUAUUUUGGGAAUUCCAACCUGGAAUGCGAAUUUGUCACUUGCAAGAUAUGAUUUUUGACUUGUUAGGUAAGCACAUACCACCUAACUAUUUAGUCGUCCAUUGCGGAGGAAACGAUAUUGGACAAAGUCCGUUAAAUAAUACUGAACUACUAGCUAUUCAAACCAUACAAGAAAUACAAUCAGUUGAUGCAAAUAUCAAAAUUAUAUGGUCUCAAAUUUUACCGAGAUUGGUUUGGCGCAAUGAGAUUAACCAUACAAAACUUAAUAAAGCCCGCCGACGUUUCAAUACUACUCUGUCCAAAUAUUGCAUUCAAACUGGUGGUGCUUAUAUAAGAUAUCCACAAAUAUCAGAAAAUCGAAAAUAUUUAUACAGAGAUAAUGUUCAUAUUUCGGAAGCAGGAAAUGAUAUUUUCAUAAGCAAUCUUAAACACGGUUUGAAUGCAAUCAUAUAUGGUGCUGCUACGUGCUUUCCUGAAAACUAAACUUGUCAUUGACUGACUCGAAAUUUUGUAUUUAACAAAAUGCAAGAGAAGAAAUUGUAUAUCAAUAUUGUUAUCGAUAUCAAAGAUAUAUUUUUUAUAUGGUGGCAAAUUUGAAAAUUUGUCAUGUAGUUACACUUUCCAUAUAGUGAUAUUUAGUAGAUGUGGCAUCCGAAUCCGGUGUUGUAUAUAUAUUAUAUUUCACAUGCAUGUCCGAGUCCGGCAUAUUUGAUUCUACCGAAUUCCGGAGUUUCAUAAAUACCUGAAUGGUUUUUUGUAUAUAUAUAUAUAUAUAUAUAUAUAUA